UUAAUUUAUUAAAAUAUAUUAAAAGCUAGCGGUGUGUGUCUUUCAUGCAUGUGGCACUUAUUUAUUCUUUAUCCAUACAAACGAAAUAUAAAUAAAUACAGAAAUGGCCUCCUCAUUGAUUGUUAGUUAAGCUGUAUAUUUCAAGCCGAGGAAGACAGAUAGCUGAUCGACUAUUCUGAUCAAUUCGAUGGCAGAGUCAAGAGUUGCAGUUGUAAGUGGUUCGAACAAAGGGAUUGGGUUUGAGAUCUGCAGGCAACUUGCUAAAAAUGGGAUGACUGUGAUUCUAACAGCGAGAGAUGAGAAGAAGGGUCUCGAAGCUGUCGAAAAGCUCAAGAGAGAGAAUGGUUUUUCUGAUCAAGCCAUCCUCUUUCACCUACUUGAUGUCUCCAAUCCAGACAGCAUCGCUUCUCUUGCUUCCUUUGUUAAGACCCGCUUCGGGAAGCUCGAUGUUCUGGUCAAUAAUGCCGGAGUUGGAGGUGCAAAUGUUAAUGUCGAUGUUCUCAAAGCUCAGAUAGCGGAGGCUGGUGCACCUACCGAUAUUUCAAAGAUAAUGAGCGAUACAUACGAGAUAGUGGAGGAGGCAAUCAGGACGAACUACUACGGGGUAAAGCGAAUGUGCGAGGCCAUGAUUCCUCUCCUUGAAGCUUCUGAUUCCCCAAGAAUCGUCAGCAUUGCUUCCACCAUGGGAAUGUUACAGAAUGUGUCAAAUGAAUGGGCAAAAGGAGUGCUGGGUGAUGCUGAGAAUCUAACUUUAGAGAAAAUAGAUGAAGUGAUGAACGAGUACCUCAAGGAUUACAGAGAAGGCUCAUUACAAGACAAAGGCUGGCCAACAGUAAUGUCUGGAUACAUACUAUCGAAAGCUGGAGUGAUCGCACUGACACGAGUUUUGGCAAAGCAGAACAAAUCAAUCAUCAUCAACUGCGUCUGUCCUGGUUUCGUAAACACAGAGAUCAACUUCAACACUGGGAUUUUGACAGUUGAAGAAGGCGCUGCGAGUCCUGUGAAGCUGGCUUUGGUCGCUGAUGGGCACCCAUCUGGUCUUUUCUUUGACCGCACCAAUGUCUCCAACUUUUGAACAGUACAAAUGUUGUGUGAUUCGGUAAAAUGGUAACCAAAAACCAAAUAAGGCAAUAAGAUUGUAAUUUUUCGUUGCGGGCUUGUAGUGAAUAUUUAUAGCCCAAUAUAUUUAUCAGCUUAAGAGAGUUAAAGCCCAACGGGCUUUUUAAUAGUGUACUUAAACGGUUAUAUAAACGUUACAUCA